AUGCAGGUGUCACACGCUGACCACACCUGCACACAGGUGGUGCUGGCCCUGCCCUAUGACACACCUGUCCCCGGCUACCGCAACAACACGGUCAACACGCUGCGCCUGUGGUCAGCCCGCGCCCCCAACGACUUCAACCUCAAGGACUUUUUUCAAAGGGAAGGGGUUCGGGGGGGGCUGUUUCGGGGUCUCACCGGGGGGCACCCCCAGUUUUUCGAGGGCAAGGAGCUGCGGCUGAAGCAGGAAUAUUUCGUGGUGGCCGCCACGCUCCACGACAUCGUCCGGCGCUUCAAAUCCGCCAAAUUCGGCAGCCGCGACCCCGUGCGGAAAUCCUUCGAGAGCUUCCCCGACAAGGUGGCGAUCCAGCUGAACGACACCCACCCCUCGCUGGCCAUCCCGGAGCUGAUGCGGAUCCUGGUGGACGAGGAGCACCUGGCAUGGGACCAGGUGGGGUUGGGGGGCACAUCAGGGCCCCCCCAAACCACAGGGGGGUGUCCCCAAAACCCCCGAGAGGGCUCCACGCCCGGCUAGCUCGGUUGGUGAGAC